UUGAGACUUUGAUUUAAUCAUUAGUGUAGGUUAGAGAGACAACGUGAAACCCCCCGAUCACUUCAGGCUACUUCUGUGGCAUGGCUGACUUCAGAGAUUGUCAUGUCGGCGCCCAUUAGUCAUGCAACAGAUAAGUGGCAUCCAUUCCAUUCUGCCAUCCGGGCCAGGUUUUGACGCAGCGCCACCACUUGCCGGGCACUUGGAUUGGCUGGAGUAGCAAGGUAGCCCGCGGGGGACGACUCCUUCCCCGUGUUCAGUCCCGUCAGUCGAGCGCAAGGGGCGGCGCACGCAUACACAGCUCACACAAGACUGAGGUGUGCGUGACAAACCGGAGCAUGAAUUUGCCACCAAGACAAGACAUCGAUCCGCACCUCUAGACAAACCAAGUGAGCCUUUCAAGGAAAAAACAAACGGAGACAGGUUAUAAUGCAGCAUCUUCCCUGACGGAGAGCGAUGCAACCGCCUCCAUAAACUGUUAGAGUUUGUAUGUUUGCAAGAAAACGGCGCUGGAUAUAUUUUCUGCAAACCCAUUUUUGCGCAAAAGGGGUGAAAUUUUGGCUGCAGCGCGCACCAAACGAGCGACACUAAAGCGUGUUUGAGGGUAAUUUCUCAGUGACUCGGACUUGCCUCAGAGCGGAGUUUGACUCCUCAUCAUGGGGUACAGCGCACAAACCGGCAGAGAAGGAAGAAGAGUGCUGAGAUUAUCUGAUGAGGUGCUGACCGUGUCCUGGCUUUUGCUUUUUCUCCUGGUGGAUAUCGGAGUGGCUCAAGUUGAGGACGAUUUCACUGGUAUUGAGCUGCCCCAAGCCUUUCCUUCAGACCCCCCAGAGCCACUGCCUGUGUUUUUGAUGGAACCAGAGGAGGCCUACAUAGUCAAGAACAAGCCAGUGAACCUGUACUGCAAGGCCACACCCGCUACCCAGAUCUACUUCAAGUGCAACAGCGAGUGGGUUCACCAGAAGGAGCACACUGUGGAGGAACGGGUUGAUGAGAACUCUGGCCUCGUAGUGAGAGAAGCCAGCAUAGAAAUCACUCGGCAGCAGGUGGAGGAGCUGUUUGGGCCGGAGGACUUUUGGUGUCAGUGUGUGGCCUGGAGCUCCGCAGGGACCACCAAGAGUCGGAAAGCCCACGUCCGCAUUGCCUAUUUAAGGAAGACAUUUGACCAAGAACCUCUUGGGAAAGAAGUGUCACUUGAACAAGAAGUGUUGCUCCAGUGUCGCCCACCUGAAGGCAUCCCAGCUGCUGAGGUGGAGUGGCUAAAGAAUGAGGAGGUUAUUGACCCCGCAGAUGACAGAAAUUUCUACAUCACCAUCGACCACAACCUGAUCAUCAAACAGGCUCGCCUUAGUGACACUGCCAACUACACCUGUGUGGCCAAGAACAUCGUGGCCAAGAGACGCAGCACCACCGCCACAGUUAUUGUCUAUGUGAAUGGUGGCUGGUCAACAUGGACAGAGUGGUCAGUGUGUAACAGCCGUUGUGGUCGUGGUUACCAGAAACGCACACGCAGCUGUACCAACCCAGCACCACUCAAUGGUGGCGCCAUCUGUGAAGGGCAAGGCAUCCAGAAGCUGGCGUGUAAUCCUCUCUGCCCAGUGGAUGGCCUGUGGACAGAGUGGAGUAAGUGGUCCACCUGUGGGACAGAGUGCACCCACUGGAGAAGGAGAGAAUGCAACGCCCCAGCGCCCAAAAACGGGGGAAAAGACUGUGAGGGCAUGGUGCUCCAGUCCAAGAACUGCACCGAUGGGCUGUGCAUGCAGAGUUCCUUAUAUCAGAAGUCUUCUGAGGCAAAAGACAAGAGUGACAUGGGAAAUUCAUUGGCCCCCACUACAGAUGAUGUAGCUCUGUAUGUGGGCAUUGUCAUAGCAGUGAUCAUGUGCCUGGUUAUCUCUGUCGUCGUGGCGCUCUUCAUCUACAGGAAAAACCACCGGGACUUCGACUCUGACAUUGUUGAUUCCUCCGCCCUCAAUGGAGGCUUCCAGCCGGUCAGCAUCAAGACCGCUCGCAAAGCUGAUUUACUAACAGCACCCCCUGACCUGACCUCUGCAGCUGCCAUGUACCGUGGCCCGGUAUAUGCUCUCCAUGAUGUGGCUGACAAAAUCCCCAUGACCAAUUCCCCUCUGCUGGACCCUCUUCCCAACCUGAAGAUUAAGGUGUACAACUCCUCAGGCUUAGUGACUCCACAGGAUGACCUGGGAGGGGAAUUUUCCUCUAAACUGUCACCUAAGCUACCGCACUGCCUGCUGGACAACAGUGACAGCACAAUGGGUCAUCGCACACAGACCCAGACGUUGCUCCGCACCAGGGAUCCUUCAUGCACUGCCCUGGGUUCCUUCAGCUCUCAGGGUGGACACCUCAUUGUGCCCAAUUCAGGAGUGAGUCUGCUAAUUCCAGCAGGGGCCAUUCCCCAGGGCAGAGUGUAUGAGAUGCAUGUGACAGUUCAGAGGAAGGACAAUAUGAGGCCCUCAGUGGAAGAUGGCCAAACAGUGCUGAGCCCUGUGGUGAGCUGUGGGCCCCCUGGGGCCUUGUUGACUCGACCUGUCAUCAUCACCAUGCACCACUGCGCCGUGUGUGACGGCCAACAGGACUGGCUGAUCCAGCUCAAGAGUCAGUCACAGCAGAAUCAGUGGGAGGAUGUGGUGAUUGUAGGAGAAGAAAAUUUCACCACACCAUGCUAUAUCCAAAUGGAUGAUGAAGCCUGCCACAUCUUGACAGAAACGCUGGGUACCUACUGCCUCGUGGGCCAGUCUCUUAGUGCUGCCACCAUUAAGCGUCUCAAGCUAGCCAUCUUUGGCCCUGUCACCUGCCCUGCCAUGGAGUAUCACAUCAGAGUCUACUGCCUGGACGACACACAGGACGCUCUCAAGGAAGUCCUACAAAUGGAGAAGCAGAUGGGUGGAAAGUUGCUGGAUGAACCAAAGACUCUCAACUUUAAAGACAGCACCCACAACCUGAGACUUUCCAUCCACGAUGUCCCCCACAUGUUGUGGAAGAGCAAACUACUAGCCAAGUACCAGGAGCUUUCCUUUCAGCAAGUGUGGAGCGGUAACCUCCACUGUUGCUUUACCCUGGAGCGCUUCUCUGCCAGCACAGUGGACCUGGCCUGUAAGAUAUGUGUGCGUCAAGUGGAGGGAGAGGGACAGAUUUUUCAGCUGGACACCACACUGUCAGAGGAUUCUCAGAGUAUUGACACUUCUCUGCUGGACCCUGCCAGUAACAUCACCACGCUGGUGGGGCCUAACGCCUUCCGCAUCCCAGUCUCCAUUCGACAGAAGCUGUGUGGCAGCCUGGAUGCACCACAGACCAGGGGAAAUGACUGGAGGAUGUUGGCCCACAAACUUAACCUUGACAGGUAUCUUAACUACUUUGCCACCAAAUCCAGUCCUACGGGAGUGAUCUUGGACUUGUGGGAGGCCCAGCAUUUUCCUGAUGGCAACCUUGGUCGCCUUGCACAGGUACUGGAGGAGAUGGGACGCCAUGACAGCCUUGUUCCUGCAGUGACUGAGCACUGACACCUGCUCACCAGUGAGUGUGACAUUCCAGGGAGGGAGAAGACAUAAAAAGCUAACAAGAUAGGGGAUGCCCAAAAGCAGGCGAGUCAUUUGGCAUCACGGUGACAAAUGCACAUACAGUACACACAGAUGCUGCAUGUGGGUACACUCAAAGCAUAGAAACAGCUAGGUCUACUCAGCUAUGACCUAGUUAAACACUGGCAACAAAGGGUAUAAAACCUGGAAGGUAAACAAGAAUUUCUGCCAGUCAUUUCUCUCUGGUUGUUCCUCUGUCUUGCUCUCUGGUACAACUUGAUAUUUUUGGCUCUAGUUUCCUUGGAAACUAGCUGUCCAGUAUUUGAAUGGACUUUGCGAAUAUGUGGACAAUUUCCCUGCCAUAGACAACAAUCUGAAGAGAGACACACACUAUAAGAGGUCAAGGAAUCAAAAGAGCAAGGCCUGGAUCAGAGGAACUAUCCCUCAGUCUUCAGAAUCAGUCUCCAUAGAAACUCCAUGGGUGAGUAUAUGUUCUGUGAUAACAUAGUAUUUAAUAAUAUGCCUAUUUAUACAUAUCUUUUUUUGCAUUUUAAUGCUGCCGGUUUGGGAAUACUUUGCAGUAUUCUCACAUUUUUGUUUUCCUUUCAUUAUGUUGGACUGUAUGAUAGCACCUUCUGGUGGACUCUGGCAGUAAUGGCUUAUUUUGUCAGCCACAUUUUCAUGUACAGAAGGAAACCAAUGAUGUAACCACAUUGCAGCUUAGCAUUGCUGUCAUUAAGAACUAUUAAUUUUUUUUAUUCAUAUUCUAUGUAAUUACUGAGUUUCAAUUGUCUUACUUUUACACUUUUUUGUAGUUCUUUAAGUUGCAUCAUUAUAAUUUUUCAUUACUUGCCUUUUUUUUUUAAAAUCGGUCAUUUGGCUUAAAUCACCCAUGUGCUGCCUCUAAAAUAGAGGGCUGUCAAUAUUAUUUUCCCAAACUGACUACAAUUCCUGACUGAUGAUCGAUAUGCCAGGCAUAAACUGGUAGUGUUGAAAAGGGAAUUAAAAAGUAUAUUUUUGUAGGACCAAUGCAAAUGAAUACAACUGCUUUUUACCAAAUAAUUGAUAAACAGUGUAUGAAGUUAAAUUUAAUACAUAAUGUGAUCAUCUAAGUAUCAAAUGGCACUUCAAGAAGUGCCAUUUAUUGUGUUGAGAACUG